AUGCUGAAUUGCACAUCUGCGUGCAUUCGCAACUUGGGCGCCGGCGCUCGUCUGGGGACAACACGUUUUCGAGGCGGAUAUGCAGUACACAGACAGUUUCUAAUACCUACAGCUCAACAACUGCGAAAGAAUUCGUCCUUUGGGUCCUUUGGAUCCUUUGCAAAAACUGAAGCGUUUGCACUCGACGACGAGGAAGAAUCAGACAGACGGGGCCCGCGCAUCAGGACUGGAAGAAGAGAAGCACCAAGAAGAAGAUCGGCGGAGAAUAGGAGAAGGGAUGAUGAUGAUGGUGAUGGUAGAGCAUUUGACACCUCAGAUCGCAAGGUGCGGUUAGUGGAAAGUUUGAGGUAUACUCGCCACCAAGCAAAAGAAUCACGACGGAACAAGGGCAGCAAUAAUGCUGGUAUGGGUAACAUCAAGGAAGUCAAGAUGCUCGAGGCGCUGGCCAAAACCCGCGAAAUGCCGCAGUCGAUCAACCCGACUGUGGUGAACAAGGAGUUGAAAUGGUUGCAAGACCCAAAAGAAAUGUCGAUUCGUAUCGCAAGGCUUUUGCAAGCGGAUCAGGUUGCUCUGGCUGUUGCGAUGAUUCGUAAAGCAGAGGCGUUGAAGAUGGAGUGUGCGGUCGCUUGGAAUAGGUUGCUUUCGUAUUGUUUUUAUAAGUCUGCGCCUGAGGCGGCAUUCAGUUUCUAUAAUGAUAUGAAAAAAAGACAUCGCCAGCCGACGGACCGAACGUACACGAUCAUGCUAAAGGGAUUGUCCACGCAAAUCAAAAAGCCCGGGUGGAAUCCAGUUCCAAUCGCGCAGAAAAUCUACAAGCAAUUGCUCGACCCAAAAUCACCCGUCCCGCCAUCACACUACCACCACCAUGCAAUGCUCGAAGUAUGCGGCAACUAUCAUAACAUGGAUGCGCUAUGGAACGUGGUCGGCGAGCUUCCGGAGCAAGGCUCCGCUCGACCAAACGCCCAGACAUAUACUGUUAUUCUCAUGGCGUUGCAGAAUAACUUUGAGUAUGCAAUCGAGUCUCUACCGCAAGACGACCCUGAACAAGUCAGUCUUAAGAUGAGAAGUGCGAAGCGCGAGGCCCUACUUCUGGAUGUGAAGAGGAUUUGGGCAGAUGUCAUGAGCCAAUGGAAGGAUGGCGAGUUGGAGCUUGACAAUGAACUUGUCAGCACAAUGGCCCAGAUCUUGCUGGACCCGUUGGACGAGUCGAGUUCGUACAAUGUGUUGGCUCUCUUCAACCAGACCCUCGGCGUUCCUAUCUUUGCUCGCAAACCUCAGAGUAGAGCCAGUUUGUUUGAGUCUGAGUCUAAACCAAGCGAGGAGGAACUAAACAAGGAGGAGCCAACCGAGGAGGAGGGCGUGGUGCCGCCGGAAGAAGUCGUUAGCGAGGUCACGAAUGCGUCCGAAGUUGUUAGCGAGGAGCUAGAUCUUGAGAAAGAUGGAGAGGCAGAGAUGGAAACACCAUCUGAGCAAGACUCGCCAUCGGAAAAGACCCUCGAUCCCGCGGACGAAAAGGUGUAUGUGGAAGACCUCGAAGACGUUUUCGACCCGGUGGAGCGGAAAAAGGGUAGUUCGGACCCUUCUGAACAGGUCACGCCAAAUAACGUAAUCCUGAACUCGGUUCUGAAAACGUGCCGGAUCAUGACGCAAGGAACAUCUGCUGGAAGACAGUACUGGAAGUAUUUCACCAUAGAAGGUGGCCCCGACAAUGCUCACAAAAUCCAACCCGACCUUCCCAAUUUCCACGAAUACCUACGACUUCUCCGAGUUGCGCGAUCCAGCCAGGGAGCCGUCGACUUGAUACGGGAUCAGAUGGUUCCAGCUCUUGACGUUCGAGGGAUCACGUUCCACCUUGCCAUGAGCUGCUGCUUGCGGGAUCGUCAGAACCCGAAUGUGUUCCUGAACGCGCAAGAAAUGCUUUCUCUGAUGGAGAAAAGCCUGCCUCUGUCGGACCCCCGACCCUUGCAAGGGUUCCUCAAUCUUGUCGAUGCAUUGAUAUCGAACCCUCAGUGGCUUUUGGGUUUGAGAGGUCUAACUAGCUCUGACCAAGCUACCACUAACCUCACUACCAUGGGGCGCAACUUGCGAUGGUCGUUGCAAAAGGCAGCUGUCACCAGCCUCGAGCCGCACGUCAACCGCCUGUAUGAAGUGAUGGAGGACCCUAGGGGUGUCCAUUCAUCCGGAUAUACCCCCGAGUCGCGGCCGGGCAUGGUCAACGGCUUUUAUGCCCUCAACUUUAUGGUCCAGACCCGCCAGAUGCUUGAUAAGCUACUUAGCACGCAUUACAAAAACACUCUGUCCGAGUUGGAUCGUCAAUGGCUGCGGGAAUUGGCUACCAAGCUGAGGAAGUUUUCCAAGCCUGAUGUCGCGCUUCAGUUUGAGAAUUCUCAACUUACGCCGCUGCCACAGCAUUGGGAGGCUAUAGGUGGACGUUAA